AUGAUCAACAUCGAGGCUCCUGGCGCUGAGCAGGAUUCGUUGAAUAAGUCGAUCAGCCCUGGUGGACAUAUCUCUGGUCAAAAUGAUGUACCGCUUACGCCGUUGCUCAACGAUGAAAAAGGUGAAAAUGCAUGGUUUGUUGCCGGUGUUAUACCUCUGGACAAAAGGAAUACGUUCGAAAGAGUGCUUUGGAGAGCUUGUAGGCGAACGGCCUUUGUGCGGAUAAGUGAUGUGACACUUACCUUGGAGGAUCCGGUUACUCUUGCACCUAUUAUGAAAUGUGUAUUUAUCGUAUUUUUCAAAGGAGAAAGCCUGAAGUUGAUUAUUGAUAAAGUGUGCGAUGGCUUUAAUGCAAGGCAAUAUCCUUGUCCGAAGACAUCAAAGGAACGACAGCAAGCGCUUUUUGAAACGAUAGCCCGGAUACAAGAUCUUAAGACAGUCAUUGAUAGCACUAAAAAUCAUCGUUUUACGAUCUUGGAAAAUGUUGCGAAGGAUUUACCGAUAUGGUUGAAAAAGGUGCAUCUACAAAAAGCCAUCUACAACACGUUGAAUUUGUUCACGGUAGACACUAACGGCUUCCUGGCUGCUGAAUGUUGGAUUCCCGAAAAGGAAAUGGACACAGUUCAUGAGGCGUUGUGCGAUGGGCUGAAAGCCAGUGGAUGUGAUGUGGCCCCCAUUCUGAACGAAAUUGUCCCUCAGGGACCACCACCCACGUACCAUCGCACCAACAAGUUCACCUCGGUGUUCCAGUCGAUUGUGGAUUCAUAUGGUGUCGCAAGUUACAGAGAAGUCAACCCUGCACCCUACACUAUAAUUACUUUUCCCUUCUUAUUUGCUGUGAUGUUUGGUGAUGCCGCUCAUGGAUUGAUUCUAUUUUUGGCCGGAUUAUUUUUUAUUUUAAACGAAAAGAAAAUCACCGAACGAAGGAUACGUGAUGAGGUAAGGGCUACCUAUGGUUCCGGUAAUGUUGCUCAUUUGGCCUCAAUUAUUUUCAAUACAUUUUUUGGUGGUCGCUAUAUUAUAGUCCUUAUGGGCCUCUUCUCUAUAUACACCGGUAUACUUUACAAUGAUGCGUUUGCGAAGUCCUUCAAUGUCUUUGGCAGCUCCUGGGCUAGUCCGUAUAAUCAGAGCGAAAUUAAUUCUUGGCUUCAACCUAACUUGGAUGCUCAAGAUCGGAGGCUGUCGACGGUGACGCUGGAUCCGGCGACAGCAUAUUUGAAAGAGCGUGGCCCCUAUCCAUUUGGUGUUGAUCCCGUCUGGAAUAUUGCUGUGAAUAGACUAUCAUUUCUGAAUUCGAUGAAAAUGAAAAUGUCGGUGAUCAUUGGUGUGCUUCAAAUGACCUUCGGUUUAUUCUUGUCGCUCCUUAACCACAUAUUUUUCAAGUCUAAAGUGGAUAUUCUGACAAAUUUCAUACCUCAGAUGGUCUUCAUGAGUUGUAUUUUCCUCUAUCUUUGUGUACAGAUGGUGGCUAAAUGGGUAUUCUUUUCUGUUGAAAAAGGCAUCGUUUUAGGAAUGGAAUAUCCUGGAUCACAUUGUGCUCCGUCUCUAUUGAUUGGUCUGAUCAAUAUGUUCAUGCUCAAAGAACGACCUGUCGGUCAUAUGAUGGAGCAGAAUAGUACUGUACAUCAUCCCACCUGUUUUCUCAACCAGUGGUAUCCGGAUCAAGUAAGUUAUACAAAAAAAACCUAUGGAAUUUCCAGUAGUUGUGGAGGUAUUAGGUCGUGA